UCUCAAAGGAGAAGUAUAUAUAUAUAUAUAAAUCUAUAGAGAGAGAGAGAGAGAAGGAGAGAGAGGAUGGGAAGAGGAAGAGUGCAGCUGAAGAGGAUAGAGAACAAGAUCAAUAGGCAGGUGACGUUCUCAAAGAGAAGGAAUGGAUUGCUGAAGAAGGCGAACGAAAUCUCAGUACUUUGUGAUGCGGAGGUGGCGCUCAUCGUCUUCUCCACCAAAGGAAAGUUGUAUCAGUAUGCCACUGACUCUUGCAUGGAGAAAAUCCUGGAACGUUAUGAACGAUAUUCAUAUGCAGAAAGGGCUCUCACCAUGACAGAACCUGAAAAUCAGGGCGAUUGGUGCCUUGAAUAUGGUAAGAUGAAAGCUAAGAUAGAGGCCUUGCAGAAAAGCCAAAGGCAUCUUAUGGGAGAACAAUUAGACACUUUGAAUCUGAAAGAAUUACAACAUCUAGAACAACAACUUGAGAAUUCCUUGAAGCAUAUUAGAUCCCGAAAAACACAGGUUCUCUUGAAUUCAAUUUCCGAUCUUGAGAAGAAGGAGAAGGAAUUGCAAGACCAAAACAGACUUCUUGAGAAGGAGAUCACCGAGAAGGAGAGAGCAAUGGCUAUUGCUCAGCAAGCACAAUGGGAACAGCCAAGCCAAACUCAGACAACCUCCUCCUCCUCACCUUCUUUCCUCAUUAUAGACCCUCUUCCCACUGUUAACAUUGGAGAUUAUCAAGGGAGAGGAAGCGAAGACGAGGAUGGAGCGCAGAAUCGGAUCGGCAGUAGCUUGUUGCCGUGGAUGCUUCGACCUUGAACAAUUAUCUGUCAUGAAGAAGAUAAACUAGAGGAAGGUUUGAUGGCAAUGGAGACAAACCAAAAAAGAACAACUUUUGAUGUUAUUGAUGCAUAUAAUGUAACCGCCAUGAAUGGCUCUCAUUUGUCUGCCUUAACUUGAUGACAAUGGUGGAAGUAGAAAAGAUGUGUGCAUUUAACUUGUGUGAACUAAGUUAAUUAUCCUCUUAAUAUUCUGUUUACUCUGUUAUUUUUUCUUUA